AAACUGAAUCCUUUAUUAAACAACAAUGCGGUUUUUUUUCCAUUACUGCAGAUCGACGAGGAAAUACACUUAAAAUCCGAAGCUGACUUCAAAUCUGUACAUCUAAGCGUGAAUUACGUCCUAGGAGGAGUUGCAUGACGGACUUUUUCGCCUUGGAUUGCGGUAUAAUGGGGUCACUGGCUGUGCGUGUGUGCCUCGUGGUCGCUCUGGGUGCGUCAAUGUGCGGUGCUGCUCCCAUUUCAGACAACUUUGUGGUUGUGGUCAAGUCCAAUGUCUCAGUGCACCGCGGCCAAACAGCCACAUUACCAUGCUGGCUCAUUCCACCACAAAGUGCAGAGAGUCUGGAGGUGCAUUGGUACCAUGAAUUUGAUUCCCUGAUCAUGCUUUACCGGGAGAAGAAGUUUGAGUAUGGAUCUCAGGAAGCUUCAUAUGCGGGCCGACUCUCGUUUGGCUUAAAGGAUGCAGCGUCUGGCGGGCUGGCGGCAGGUGAUGUGAGCCUGCAGCUGGUAAAUGCCACACUUGAGGAUGCAGGAGUUUACACUUGUUACGUGAGCAGCGAUCGGGGUCAUGACAAAGCAUAUGUCAGCCUCAUUGUGACAGAAACCGGAAGCCCUCUGCUUCUGUCAGCAGUGUGGAAAGAAGAAAACAUGGUGAAUGUGAGCUGUGAGUCUGAGGGCUGGUUUCCAAAGCCGCGUCUGCGCUGGUCUAAUCAAAGUCAGGCUCUGGCCCCAAAAAGACUGAACUUCAGCAAAGGGUCCUCUGGUCUUUGGUCAGUCCACAGCUGGCUUCUUGUCUCCAGCUCUUCUGAGGUUUCCUGCUCAGUUGGUCUCUCUGAUGAAGAGGCAAAGGAGGCACGAGUGCACCUGCCACCUAGCCCUCCUCAACCUGGUAAACAAGUGUCUGGAUCCUCAUCGGCUGGAUGGCUGGCCUUCGCUCUCCUCCUCAUAGCCACAUUAGCUGCUCUUGGAUGGCUGUACUUCAGAAAGAGAGGUAAAUUGAAGAAAAGCAAAGCAGAACCUGACCACGCUGCAGAGGAUGAGAAACUUUUACCAAAAGAAGUGAGCCAGCCAAACGAUCUGUCAACAGCUAAGGAGCAUUAUGUAAAUGUUAAACUUGAGGACGCAGGAAAUCCAUAUCUCGCAAUCAAGGAUCAUAAAAUAAGAGAUGCCAACUGUACAUUUCCUGAUGGACAACAGGUUACCUGUCUCACAGCUAUCAAAGGAACACCUGGCUUCUCCUCUGGACAACACUACUGGGAGGUUUCUAUGGGAAACAUUCAGAUAGGCCUCAAACAGUCCUGGUGGGCAGGAGUUACAAGUGCAGCUGUCAUCCCUCCGAAGUCAGAUUUGACUCCGACUGCAUCUAAUGGUUUCUGGUUCCUGUCCUCUUCCUCCGACAGAGCAGAUCGCUUUCAGUUUAGCACAGAACCAAGAGUUUCACUGCCUGUCCGUUCCAGACCACAGACGGUCGGUGUGCAUUUGAAUUACGACAGUGGAGAGCUUUCCUUUUAUGAUGUGGAAGAUAAGAGCCUCAUUGGCAGUUUAACGGCUACGUUCACAGGUGAAGUCUUUCCAUUUUUCAAUCCUGGUAAAGGUGACAAAGCACCUAUGGGGAUAUUACAGCACAGGACAGAACAGGGCCAGUGCAGUGACAGGGAGACAUCUGUAGAUUUAACAGCAUGAGGGACUGAAUCUUAAUAUCAUCAGUAACAACUGCUUUAACAAAGCACAAUGAAAACAUUUUUCUGUACACGGAUCCUGUGUUGACUGGAAAGAGGGGAUACAAAAACAGAAUGGAACCGAGCUUAAAUGGUUUUACGUUAUGGUUUUAUUCAGUUCAAGAACAUAUGUUGAUGCCUGAAAUGUGUGAUCACCCAACAUUUGUAAAGAGGUCAUGUUAAAGCUGAGAUGUUGAAAGUCACACUAGCUCAACCUGCAGACCAGCUCUGCAUGGGACAAGCAUGAACUAACCUUCAUAGAGAGAUCUUACUGUAGGAAUAAAUAUACAUUAGGUACUGAUUUUGUGAAGCUCGUAAUAAUUGUUUAAUUGUUGAAAUUGUAAAAUCUGACGAUUUAGCUCCAUUGUAAAUUUUGAGUAUGUACUUUGUGGCAUUGGUGUGUAAAUGACAAUUUGGGAAAAUCCGCUUAUUAGCUUUCAUGAAGAGAGUCAGAUUAGAAGAUUGAUACCACUCACACAUCUGUGCGAUAAAUGUGUCGGUAGGGUUAGCUUAGCUUAGCAUAAACACUGGAAAAGGGAAAACAGAUGGCCUGGCUCAGUCUUAAUGUUUAAUCUGUAAGAAAACCCAAGUGUAAAAAUAACAGUUAGCUGUUUGCAGGAUGAAUCCAAGAAAUUAUAACAGCUAGUUGUCAUUUUACCACUUCAAUUUUCAUUCAAAUUAACAAACUAUACAUAGUUAGUGAGCUUUAGUGGUGCUGGUUGGUGGAUUUUGUUACCUUCAUACAAAGCCAGGCUAGCUGUUUUGCCCCGUUUCCAGUCUUUGUGCUAAGCUAAGAUAAUCCCCUGUUGGCUGUGGCUUCGUUUUUGGUAUCAAUCUUUCCAUUUAACAUUCCACAAAAGAAAGAAAUAGGCAUAUUUCCUAAAGUUAUGACUGAAAUUGUCUGUGUUCUCCUGAUAGCCUAGUUGUUAAGACACAUACAUACACUGCGUUUGUAAUGUCUCUAGUUCGGGGACCUUUGUGUGCUUGUUUAAAAUGUGUGCUUCUCGAUGUGACCACUCCUAAUUGAUAGUGCAGUCCUCUCAUCUUUGGCAAGCUGCAUGUCACUAUAGUAUUUCCACACAAUUUAAUUCUGCAGUGUUUGAAACUGACUGAUCAGCACUUCUUUUUAAUAACAAAGUGUUGCUGUUAUCUGUAAGCUUACUUUAUAUUGUUUUCUACGCGAAACCAUGUUUAAUUUAUAUGGUGCUCUACCUUUAUACACAAUUAGUAAAUAUAUACUGACAUGUAUUUCACAGUAAUAAGAUAUGACGUUAUCAUUAUUUACAGUAUGCUCAAUGUCUGCCUUAGAAAUAGUUCGUGAUUCGUAAGUAGUAUUUUCUUGCCUUUCAGAGAGUUUAGUCUUGUAACCAUGCUGUUAAAUAUAACUAAUGUGCUCAUUUUGGUUCCAAAGGUUGUGAAACUACUUUAACUAUCAGACGCUGAAGAAGCUGGUUUCAGCUAUCUUUAAUCUUACUAGUCUUGCAUUGGGGACCACUGGUGGACUGAAGCAUAUUCAGGACAUGGCAGCUAACAUGAACCCUCUCUUCAUUGAUUGCAGGCUCCACGUGAAAUAUGGAAUGGAUUUUCCGACGUUUUAAGUAGUAUGUGCCUUCAACAGACUUAGUGUUAUGAUGACAUAUUGCUAGCUGCCGUGUUAAACCUCUCUAUUGCACCAAUUACUUACAAACUGACCUAGAAAAGGGAAAAUUAACUCAAAUCAAGCACUAGUAAUGAUUAAGUUGCAAAUGCAUUUUAUAUGCUCGACAGCUCUACUUUCAACCUGAGUUAAUGGGUUGUAUUUGAAUGUGGUACUUUGUUGUACAGAAUGGCAUUUGUAUUUUUGUCCAUGUAUUUCCAAUGAAUGUUGCCGUUAGCAUGUAAAAAAAAAAAAUAAAUCAAUAAAUCAGUCAGCUUUUUCAAUAAACUCAA